AUGCCCUCUGCCGCCGAGCGCGUCCCCCUCGAGCUCGUCAUCCGCGUCGUCGAGAUGGCCGCCGCCCGCCUUCCCACCUCGCGAGCCGACAUGAGCGCUUAUCGCCAGCUCCUCUACUCGGCGUGCCUCGUCUGCCGCGCCCUGCGUCCUAUCGCGCAGCCGUUGCUGUGGCAGUGGGCUCACGUACGCGGCGCCGCGGCGCUCGGCGCGCUCGAGCGCGAGGCUCGCGCCCGGCCCGACCUCGCGCGACACGCUGGCGGGUUGAGCCUGUGGGUAUCACCGCUCGACUCGGUCGACGACCACCUUGGCGAGGUGCUCGAGCUCUUGCCGGCGCUGCAGGGAUUCGAGCUCGUCGGCGACUGCGUCUUUGACGUGGCGGCGCUGCAGGCCGCUCAAGGCCUCAAGCUCGUCCGACUACGAGGAUCCCUGCUCCACUCGACCACGCCCUUCUCCCUCCCAGCCGUCCGCCUCCUCGAACUCGAGCUCAACAUGGUCACCUCAUCGUCGACUUGGCUCCUCCCGUCCUCGUUCCCCAACCUCGAGAGCGUCACCCUGAGCCAGUGCGCCCCACGAGACGACCUCGUCGACGGCCUCCUCAAGGCGUUCGGCCCCGACCUGCAGGUCCUCUCGCGCCCGACGAUGUGCGACCCGUUCCGCCUCGAGCCGCGCUCGGCCGAUGCCGUCACCCUCCUCGACCUCGCUCGACUCGCCCGACACCCUGUCCACCCUCCCUCACCGGGCCGCACCGCCUUCCCGAGAAACCGCCACUCGAUCCUCCGCAUCGUCGACGCCCGACCCGCCCUCGGCCUUGACGCCCUCACGACCAUCCGCACCGCCCUCCCCUGGAUCCGCGGGCACGAGCUCUGGGUGCCGCGGUCCCUCCUGCACGACGUCGUCGAGGUCGCCUGGGCGCAACUCGAGCGCGACGUCGCCCUCUUUGGCGGGCGGCUGACGCCGUACGACCUCGAGCUGUACGAGCGGCGCUCGCGACCGCGGUGUCGAACGGCGGGAUCGGGCGGCGAGGUGGGCGCCGUCGACGACGAGGUACGGGCGGUGGAGCUGGUCGGGAACGAGGAGCGCGAGCGCGGCUCGUUGGACGACAUCUUCCCGCGGUCGUAG